CGUUCCACUCCAUGUCAAGCUUCUUUCUCUCAACGAUUGAUUUUAAAAUUCAAAAAAGGAAAAUGAAAAUCCAGUUUUGUCGUUUCACUUCAAUAUCGCGAACCUUCUUCCACCUCUCUCAAAAUCCCAUCAUUCUCGCUUCAACAAUCUCUCUCUUUCCUCUGUGCUUUGGAGUCUAGUGACGCCGAUCAAAUGCACGCGCCUCCGAUCGAGUACCACGCGCCGCCGCAUUCCUAACAACCCCUCAUUCCAACCGGAAAUCUAAUCUAGGCUCGGUCUCUGCUCGCUCCUCCCGAGAUCGAGAAGAGCAAAGAAGACUUCGGCUAUGGCGAGACCCUACGGAGUGUUACUGAUUGUUCUCUUGGCGAUUCUCUCAGUGGAACUCGCUGUAUCAGCAGAUCCACCUCAGACAGCUCCGAGUCCGGCCCCUGAAAUCGGCGGCGACUCGCUAUCUCCGCCGCCUGAAGCCGGAUCACCUGCUAGUCCUUCGCCUUCUCAGGGAUUCAGUUCUCCUCCAGCGCCUCCACCAUCGGAUCUGGCUCCUGGCUCUUCUGGCACGCCAUUGCCGGCCUCUUCUCCGUCGAAGGACUCGCCGUCUCCGGCGCCUUCCGCACCAAGCGACGUCAAUGUGGAGAAGGGUGAUGUGACCGCGGAGUCUAAAGGUAAUGAAUCCUCCAGUGGAAUGAAAGGUGGACAGAAGGCUGGAAUUGUCGUUGGCCUCAUAGCCGGCGCGUGUCUAGUAGGCUUCGGAGUGGUGGUGUAUAAGAAACGGCAGCAGAACAUCCGGCGAGCACAGUUCGGGGAGGCCGCGAGGAGAGUACUUCUCUAGAUAUAUACGUACAUGUCAAGCUACAUAUAAUACGGGGAUCCUAUGAUCUACAGCAAUAUUGUUUAAUUAAAGUUCAAAGCUCGACGACUACGAUUGGUUAGAUUCUUUAGAGACAAUAAAUUCUGGGUGAUUCUUUAAGCAUUUAAUACUUGAGAUAUGAGUUAACGAUGAUGAUAUUCAUACUUUGAAUUAGGGUGUU